CAUAAAAGUAUUUAAGAAAUGAUUUAAUCAUAAUAUAACAAAUAUAUACUAAUAUAAUAUAUACUUAUAUAAUUUAAUAACAUAAAAUAACAACGUUGAGUCUUGAGUGAUAGAAUAUUGUUUUACACAUACAAUAGUUUGUUUAAUGUUUUAUAGUAUACUGCAAUAUAAAAUCUACUAUUUGAAAGAUGACAACCCCAAUAAGUACAGCAAUGGAUAGAUUAAGUGCUGCAUUAAAUUCAAAUAUAAUACCAAAUCAAGAAUAUUUACUCCAAGGCUCGGUAUUAGACAGUGCUGUGGAAGUGUUGCUUCAUAGAUUAAGAGGCUUAUGUGAUAAUGUUGAUAGCGGUCCUGAAACAUUCAACGAUCAUGAAAUGUGUUUUAGUAUUAGAAGAGGACCUCCUCCUGAACAACCAUUACUGUUAAGAGUUAGAAGGGCUUUGGAUUAUCAAGAUAUGCCUUGGCAAUUAAGAUAUAUAGGUCAACCAGAAUUAGGUGAUAAAUCACGUCCUACAAUUGUACGCAGUAGCAUAGAUAUUGCUACCAGCAGUACCGUAGUUGAAUUUUUAACAGAAUUAGGUUGUAGAUUGGAUUUUGAAUAUAUAGCUAGAGGUUACAUGUUCCGCAAAGGUAGAAUGAAAGUUACAGUAUCAAAGAUUUUUAAGAUGGGUCAACAAGGAAAAAUACCUGAAAGUGUAGAAGCUAUAUCCCAAAGUUAUCUGGUAGAAUUAAGUGUUCUUGCACCUAGUGGUCAAGAUGCAAUAGCAGAGGAUAUGAGAAUAUUCGCAGAACAGUUAAAACCAUUGGUUCAGCUUGAAAAGAUUGAUUAUAAAAGACUUGUUCAUUAAAGUAUACAUUUGAAAAAAUAUAAAGAAGAUAUAAAUAUCAUAUUUUGUAUUAGAAUUAAUUUAAUAAAAUAUAAUAACAUUGCAAAA